UCUACUAACAGCCAGGCAGUAUCUUUCUCGCCUUGUUCAGAACUUAGACUAGAUCGAUCUGUUCAUUCGAGUGUGAGACCUGUCAGCCGUUAGCCGGAAGGACACCGUGACGUCUCUACUCAUCGGUUAGGUGAACACCGUUCUCUCGAACGAUACCGGUCGAGGACCGGCUCAAGGAAUUAACUGGACAGCGGAACGAUAUGGAAUAGGAACCAGGAGCCAUUGUUUAUCCAACAGGUCCCCGGUACUUAACAAACAGCCCGCCUGUUUGGAUCGCACUGGCCUUCCAAGAAGCCACACGCCGAACUAGACAUCCCUCGGAUAUCAAGACCUGCCCCGCCUAGCCCUUGCUCAACAUGUGGGAACGAUCGCUUCAAGACCUCAUCCGUGGUCUCAGAUCGCACAAAAACUCGUCCAAGGCCGAACUAGAUGCGUUUCUCGAAGAGGCCAUGUCCGAGAUACGGGCCGAGUUGAGGGGGAAGGAUAUGGAGCUCAAGGCCGAGGGGGUCGUCAAGAUGUGCUACCUCAUGAUGCUACAUCCACUGGCACCGCCUCCAUCUUUUGCGUUCCAUGUAGUCGAGGUUAUGAGCAGUCAGCGGUAUCAUCUGAAGCAGCUCGGAUAUGUGGCAGCUCCUAUGGCAUUCUCUUUCGAUACGGAAGAGGUCGUCUUGACUGUAAACGGUAUCCGCAAGGAUCUACUUGCAUCCCAUGCACACCUGCCGCCACUAGCCCUCAUGGGAUUAUCUGAUAUAGUCACACCUGCACUGGCAAGAGACGUCUAUGCCGAUGUUGCCACCCUGACGACGCAUAGUCGACCUCACGUACGAAAACGAGCCGUCCUCGCCUUAUUCCGUAUUUUCGAACGGUAUCCCGAUGCCAUGAGGAUGGGAUUCAGCAGACUGAAGGACAGGCUCGAGGACGACGAUCCCGGUGUGGUGUCGGCGACCAUCAACGUGAUCACCGAAUUGUCGAGGAAAUCGAAUCCCAAGAACUUUUUACCUCUGGCGCCUCAGCUGUUCGAGCUCUUGACGACGAGCAGCAAUAAUUGGAUGUUGAUCAAGAUCGUCAAGCUGUUCGCCACGUUGACUCCGAUCGAGCCUCGUCUCGUUCGGAAACUGCUGCCUCCCAUCACCAACCUGAUCUCGACUACACCCGCCAUAUCGCUGCUAUACGAAUGUGUACGCACGUGCAUCACUGGGGGUAUGCUCGAAGGACGCACGGAGGCCGGCGACGCGCUGGCUCGGGUUUGCGUAGAGAAACUCAGCACCUUCUUGAGCGAUGAAGACCAGAAUCUCAAAUAUAUCGCCCUAUUGGCAAUGGUCAAGAUCGUACCGACGCACCCGCAUCUGAUCGCCGACUACCAAGAUGAGAUCUUGCAGAGCUUGGACGAUGAGGAUGUCAGCAUUCGAAUGCGAGCUUUGGAACUAGUCUCCAGCAUGGUUAAUCGCCGGAACCUGAAGGAGAUCGUCACGGAACUGAUAUCACACCUCGUACCCAAGGAGACUAAAUCGGCCGGUCGCAAAGACGCAGCAAGUCUUCUGGCUCAGACGGCCGAGUCGACAGGCAGUCCUAGCGGUCAGGCCAACUUGGUAUCGCCUGCAUAUCGACUCGAGCUCUCUCAACGGAUCAUGGACAUGACUUCGGCCGAGACCUACGACAACGUGACCGACUUUGAAUGGUACAUGUCCGUCUUGAUCGAUCUUGCAUACGUUGCGCAAGCCCCGAUCGGGGCGCAAUUGAGGGCAACGAUGUUGGAUGUGGUCAGCCGAGUCAAGAGUCUGCGAGGCUAUUCGGUGCAGCUAUGCCAGAGGAUAUUGAAUGACGAACACUUCUCGACGGCAGCAUCUGCGGGUGACGAGACGUGCUCCGAGGUGGUCUAUGCGGCCGCCUGGAUCUGUGGAGAGUAUAGCAGCACACAUGACGCGCCCCGCAUGAUACGCGAUUUGCUUCCAACUUCGGAGACUGAGAGCGCUUCUACAACGGCCGUGCGGUUGAUGGCGGCUGCCAAGGUGUUUGGCAGGUGGGCCUCUGACAUUUCGGUCGACUGGAACAUCAAAGUUCGCCAACAAUGCUUGGACCUGAUCGAGGACAUCUUCAUGGCCCUGAAAGAAGGGCCAAAUCUAUCCGAGCUUAUUGGGCACGAGCGGGCAUCCAACUUGUCGCACCUCUUUACCCUCAUACGAAAUGAUGUGGAGAAGAACGUCGCUCCUAACGAUGGCGACGACAUGCCUGCUGGCAUGCGUGAAGGGUUCGCCGAAGACGAUGCAGGGACAACACCCAAAUACCCAAAGUCCCUGUUCCUCUUGCUGCCUCUCUUCGACUCGUACGAGCUGAAUCCCGUCGGCUACAAGGCACAAGAACGAGUCAGCCUGCCCGAUGGCCUCGAUCUCGAUACCCCGCUCGUGGACCCGGCACUCUUGAAGGCGGAAUUCGACGGUGUGGACGUGGACAGUGAGGAUCAAGAGGAGCCUGAUAUCGACGCCGGCGAGAACAUGGCCGCCUUGCAGGCGGCGAUCAAGGCGUCUGAUGGAUCGGCAAAGCCGAAAAAGGGUGGAAAAGGACCGCGAGUUAAGGCAGAUGGCACGCCGGAGAGCAAAGAAGAGCGAGCUGCACGACGCGCGGCGCGAAAGGCGAGACAAGCGGGGAAUCCGCAUUACCUUGCAGCCGACGAUGAUCUCGACGACAUCGACAGCAUCCCCAUCGUCAAGCUCGAGAUUGACGACGAUGAUGACGAAUCGGCUCGGAACACUCGACCAGGUCGUCGGCUGCUCUCAGCCGCGGUGUCAGGUGGGAAAUCACCCCGACGUCCCGGUACACCACUCGAGGACAAGGUAGUGGCUCGACCUGAAGUUCAGAUCGACCGUGAAGGGGAGAUGCCCGAGGGUAGCGGUCACGCUACACCCACUGAAAAGGCGGCUAGGCGGAAAAAGACGAACGGCGGGUUGAAGGCGCUCGACAUUGACAUGACAGGCGAUGACACGGGUCGAGCGAGUCCGAGUUCAAGAGCGACGUAUGACGAUUACGAACCGGAUUCACCGGUCAAGACGGAUGAUCGGAUAGCGACUCCGCCGGUCGAGGUCGUCCAGGUGGUAGCGAAAAAGAAGAAAAAGAAGAAGCGAGCCGUGUUGGCCGAAGAUGACGGGGCGGAUACGGGAGAGACGCGGUGACGAGACGAGAUGUGAGACGGGGUAUACCAUUUCGUAAUAGUAGUCAAAUAGGUGA